AGUUUUAAAAAAAUGCCGCGUUCUUCAUUUAAAUCAAAAAUUUUAGCGGAUUUUCUCCGUUGUUGUCAAAAUUUACUCCAACCUAGAAGCACGUCAUUCAAUGUUAUAAUAGCAAAAAGAGUUAAGAUGGAUCCAAGCGUUAAGACUAGUAUUGAGAAAAGACUGAUUGAGAGCGGAGAGAAAGAAAGACUAAAGGAGCAUCUUCGCUGCAGACUGAAUGAGAGCGGGUGGAGGGAACAGCUAAAGCUUCAUGCUAAAGAGAUAAUUAAAGAGAAGGGAGUAGCUAAUCUAACAGUAGAGGAUCUGGUGAAACAUAUAACCCCCCUGGGACGACAAACCGUUCCCGAUGUCGUCAAGAAGGAGCUCCUCGUCAAAAUACAGAGCUUUCUCGCUCAGCAGCACAAUAUUUAAACAGCUUCCUCGCUCAGCAGCACAUUAUUUAAACAGCUCCCUUGCUUACCGAAAGCUGCUUAACAAUUAGCUAACUUAAUUAAGUUCUUGCGUUGUUGCUGAUUUCUUACAAUUAAUUUCAACUAUCAAAUGUCGUUUUUUCAAAUACUUAUUAGCUUUGGAAAGACUUGAUAAAAUAAAUCACCAAUUUUUAGAUAAUAUUAAAAAAAGAAAAUUUUUUUAGAUUAUCAAUGAGCUCAGAAUUUUACUGUUCUCAUAUUUUUGAAAACUAACGAUGUGUUUCUUCAACACAGUCCAAUUUUUUUGUUGAAUCUAGAAAUUCGUUGAAUUUACUUAGAUCAAUCCUAUCAUCGACUAUUUUGUAAAAUUUGCAGA